AAGAAGUUUUUGAAGAUGGUGAAACAGAGAUCUGUGUGCUUGAUAAAGAUUCUUAUUUGCAUUGUAAUUCUAGAUCUUAUCCAUCAUCAACUAUUUUCGGUUGGUUAGGCAAUUUUCCGAAAAUUCACUUAGACUACGCAACUUUUUUUCUCGAUCUAGCAUGGUUAAUUGCAGUUCAUGUUGCACGGAGAGUCAAAGGGAAGCAGCUUUACUAUUAGGGCAAUUUGCUUCAGCCGAUUCAGAUUGCAAGGUGCAUAUUGUUCAAAGAGGUGCUGUCCGCCCUCUGAUCGAGAUGCUUCAGUCCCCAGAUAUUCAACUUCAGGCAAUGUCUGUCUUUGCUCUUGGAAGGCUGGCCCAGGACUCACACAACCAAACUGGUAUUGUCUACAAUGGUGGUUUGGUGCCUCUUCUUAAACUUCUUGACUCAAAAAAUGGAUGUUUGCAACAUAAUGCUGCAUUUGCUCUUUAUGGUAUUGCAGAGAAUGAGGAUAAUGUUUCUGAUUUUAUCAAGGUAGGAGGUGUUCAGAAGCUACAAGUUGGUGAAUUCAUUAUCCAGGCAACUAAGGACUGUGUAGCAAAGACAAUAAAGAGAUUAGAGGAGAAGAUUAAUGGGCGAGUACUAAAUCAUUUAUUAUAUCUGAUGCGAGUUGGAGAGAAGGCUGUCCAAAGACGUAUAGCUUUGGCUCUUGCUCAUUUAUGUUCACUCGAGGAUCAAAGAACUAUUUUCAUUGAUGAUAAUGGACUUGAUCUUCUUCUCGAACUACUGGUAUUGACUAAUCUAAAACAACAGCAAGAUGCAUCAGUUGCUCUUUACAAGUUGGCUAAAAAAUCUCUGACUCUCUGUUCUGUUGAUGCAGCUUCUCCAUCCCCCUCACCUCAGGUGUACCUGGGCGAGCAGUAUGUGAAUAGCUCCACGCUAUCAGAUGUUACCUUUCUAGUUGAAGGCAAGUGCUUUUAUGCACACAGAAUUGCUCUGCUUGCUUCUUCGGAUGCAUUUCGUGCAAUGUUUGAUGGUGGCUACCGGGAGAAGGAUGCAAGAGACAUUGAGAUUCCUAACAUAAGAUGGGAGGUCUUUGAAUUGAUGAUGAGAUUCAUAUACACAGGAUCGGUUGAGAUCACUACUGAUAUCGCGCAAGAUCUUCUACAAGCUGCAGAUCAGUAUCUUCUUGAGGGUCUUAAAUGCCUAUGUGAAUAUGCCAUUGCACAAGAAGUUUGCAUAGACAAUGUCUCCAGCAUGUACGAAUUGUCGGAGGCAUUCCAUGCCAUGUCCCUGAGGCACACUUGUGUCAUGUUAUUUUAGAGCAAUUCGAGAAAAUCAACUCGUCUAGGGUGCUCUCUCAUCAAAUCUAUCUCUCUUUUUUACUUCACUCUCUUGAACUCCCGAGUAUAUUUAGUGUUGAUUGCCUCGUGUUCUCAUUUGCUGAUUCUGCCUUGAUGAACUUCCGCAGGCAUUUCCAUCUAAUCCAGCGAAUAACUCCAGAGAUCCACAACUAAUUUGGUAAAGCUUUGAGGCCGAAUCUGAGAAAAUCUCUUAACUAACUGUUCCUUUUUUACAGCAUCUUCUCUAACUCUUGCUGCUGCUGUUGGAGGCUUGUACAGUUGGAGCCUUUCUGCACCAAAUAUCUAUUUCCGAAGGGGGUUCUUUAGGCCCAUAUCUUAGUUUGUUCCAAUCUUCUCAGGAGCAUUAUUUGUUCUUAUCAUUUAUUUUGAUACCCGACAUGGUUACUCCCAAUUUUUACUAUUUUGUAGACUUGAUAUUAGUUAUUUGAAUUCGUUUGUAACUUCCAAAGCUGGAAUAAUAGAUUCAGAUUGGAUGUUUAAAUUCAUUCGAAAAUUUAAUAUUUAAUUUAGAUGCAAUUCGAUCAUUUUUCCGAGUCCUAAGUUGAAUUGUUUGUUCUUCUAUUUAUUCAUCUAAUGAAUUUAACGUAAUGCAGGCGUUCUUCUCACUAUUGAAAUCCGUCCAUAUCAUAUCAACAAGAGUUUUUGGAGAGAAUGUAUUUCCUUCCAUGAUGUGUGUGUUUAAUAUUUUGUUGACAAUCCAGAAUUUUUUUUUGGCCAUUGUCAAAUGCUUCAAACUUGGAAUUCUUUAUCGAUUCAGUGAUAAUUGAAGUGAUGGUUCUG